UUACCCGUCGUGUAUGAUAGCGGCCUAUCCCGAGAACUUGCAAGCUACACUUCUAAAAUAUUUAAUCAUUACUUUGAUAUUGACAGAACUGAAGAAAUUUAUUUCACUGCAAUUUAAAAUUCCACAUGAAAAAUAUCGUUUGUCAGAACACGAGGAUGGAGAGCAUCAAAGAGAACAAUUUUGUUCAAUGGUGUGCUGACGCAGUUAAUUUCUUGGACAUGACCAUAAAACAACUGCUAACAAAUAGAGGAAGUGAAACUCAGAUUGUACGUGAAACUAUAAUUACCUCUAUGAACUCAUUCAAAUUUCGUAAUCACGUUGCUUUAAAUACAGCGAAUCAAACUUACAUUGCCACACAAAGAUGAAGCAUCGAUUUGUAUUUUUAAUUUUCCAUUUAGGAUGUGUGUUUAAAAUCGACUGUGGUGACUGGAUAGAGCCCAGUAAUAAUCAAAACAAAUGGGCUAAUGAAACUGGAAGUGUACUUUUUGAAUGGAAAUAUAAUUUAGGCAGUGGAGACACUCCUUCCAAUGUUGCAGUCCAAUGUGGUUAUUUUAAAGACACAGACUUACAUACUUUUGUGCAAAAAAUAGGACACACAAAUCCACUGGCAAAAACUAAUGAUGCAAUGAGCUCAAGGGUGGAUGUUUUGACAAGAAAUGAGGAUCCAGGAUAUGUUGCUUUUAGAUUAAGAAGUGUACAAAAAUCUGAUGAAUAUGCUUACCAAUGUACCUUAAGUACACCAUUAAGCAAAAAAAGUAAAACAUACACACUCAAAGUAUUAAAACGGCCAGAAUUUAGAACUUUUUCUGUGAAUCCUACAUCUGUGGAAGCCGGAAAAGCAAUCACAAUAAAUGUGGUUACAUCUGGUAAUCCUGUGCCAAGGUUGAUUUGCUAUCUGAUGUCAACAAGUGGAAAUGAAAUAGAUCGAUUACCUCGUUCUGGUCGAACUAGCAAUAUUACACAAAAGACAUUUCUUGUGACAAAAGAAUCGAAAGAAGUUUUAUGUAUUGCCACUGGAGAUCGUACUGGUUCAGUCAGCGACACAAGACAACUAAAUGUUAUAUCUAAAUGCAAAGCAACCGUUAUUAACUUAAACAAAAACAAAGAUAAAGUACAGAUCUCUUCUCCUAAUAAUACAUCAUUAUACGCUGGUAGUCUGAACUGUUCAUAUUAUAUACACGGAUUACACAAUGCAAGCAUCCAAAUCGAGUUUAAAACGUUUGAACUGCUCAAAAACAACUCUUUGGAUUGCAGUAGUAUGGACGAAAGAAUAGAACUUUAUGGAAAGGAUGACAAAAGACCAAGUUAUGUAGAAUGUGGCUCAAAAAAGAAUUUUACCAUAACAUUCCCAACAGAUUUUGUGCGAGUUGAUUAUAUCACUAGGGGAGGAAAUUUCAGAAGAAAAGGCUUUGAAGCGGUUGUUUAUUUAGUUGGUGAGACACCAACAAUAAUCACACCCAAUGUGACAACCGCCCCCAAUGUGACUACCGCCCCCAAUGUGACAACCGCUUCCAAUGUGACUACCGCCCCCAAUGUGACAACCGCCCCAUAUGUGACAACCGCCUCAUAUGUGACAACCGCCCCAAAUGUGACAGGUUCAGCGAAAAAAACAACAACUUUAUCAAUAACAAAACCGUCUAAAGCUACAUCUACCAAGUUGACCUUCAUGCUACCAAUGUUGAUGAUUUUUAUGGCAAUAGUAUUGAUGUGAAUUUGUAGUACAACUAUAAAUAAUUACCAAUUAACAUAGUGAGGAAAAAACAAGAACAAAUCUGUAGAAAAUAA